AUGUCUGAAUGCGAUACUAUGCAAUACGAUAUUGAACCAGGUAAACAAUCCGUCUUUGCUGUACGUGCUAAUGAGUUAAAUGCGAUCUCAAAUAAUACGCGAAAAUUCAAUAUAACUUAUAAAAACGAUGAACAAUCACUUGUUCAUCAUUUGCUUAGAGAGCCAUUACCAGAUGUGAUUAUUAAAGUCAUUGGUACAAACAAUGAAAAAACAAGAAUUUCAUUGAUAUCAUCAAUUCAAUAUGCAUUGCAGCAAGAUAUCCGCACUAUGAUGGAGCAAACAAAUAUUUGGAUUUUGAAUGGUACUCGACAGAUGAUUGGUUUGGAAGAAUAUGACGAAACUCUAACAACCAAUAAUCAAAUAAAUCCAAAUAUUAUUCUAUGUGAACAAUUCGGAAAAUCACAAUUAUUCACAUAUCAUGCUACAGUACAUCGAUUCAUAGAUAAAAUAAUUUGCCAAAUACAACUUGAGCAAACAUUUUCUAAAAUUCCUAUUAUCGCCUUGUUUGUUCAAGGCAAUGUUUCUUCAGUAGCAGAUGUCAUUGAAAAUAAUAGUAAACACAUUCCAAUCAUUAUCUUAAAAGGCACAGGAUUAGUUGCAAAUCAAUUAGCUGUUGUAUAUGAAUCACAAAGAGGUGACUUCAAAAAUAUUCAUACAGAUUCAUCUAAACAACAAUUAUUGUCGGGAAAAGAUUUUCGCCGCCUUGCUGAUAUCAAAGAUACCAAAAGUAGUCCGAUAUUUGUUUGUCAACCAGGCAGAGACCAACUUGAUGAAAGCAUUCUUCGUGCAUUUAGUUAUGCAAUAAAAACUAUUGAUAGUUCUCAUGCUCGUGUUACUGAAUUCGGUUUUGCUAUACGUUUGAAUAAAAUCAAUUAUGCACAAACAUAUAUACUCAAUCAUGAUACAAUUAUCUAUUGGACAGAUGAUGAAUUAGAUGUUUGUCUUGAAAAUGCUAUUCUUUUAAAUGCUGUAUCGUUUGUUGAAUUGUUAUUACGAUAUGGCGCAUCAUUACGUCGAUUAGCUCUUACGAGUAACUUUACUCGUUUUACAAUCAAACCGAAUAGAAAAAAAAGUCAUGUGGUUGAACUCAUGGAAGAGCAUAUGUCAGUGCCAGUAUAUCUUCUUGAUCGUGAUGUGCGACUUAAAAAAAAUCUUCGACUUUUAUUCUGUUGGGCAGUUGAAAAUCAAUAUUUUGAUCUUGUUUUGAGUAUUUGUACUCGAUUAGAAGAUUCGAUUGUUGCAUUGUUACUUGUCAGUCAAUGGUGUCAAUAUAAAGAAAACAAUGAUCAUACGACUUCCAUUAAUUAUCGAAAGCAUCGCCAACAAUUUCAAAAAUACGCUGCCGAUAUUCUUGAUCUGUAUCAUGCAGACAAUGAAGAAAAAACAAGGCGACUCUUAAAUGAAAAAUCAAAUUUAUAUCAAGAACAAGAAGCGUUAGCUCUAAUCGAUGAUCUUUGUUCAAAAACAUUAGUAUCAACCAAAUGCUUACAAUCGUAUACUAAUACAGUCUGGUAUGGAAAGGAGUUUCAUGUCAAUAAAAAUUUUGUAUGGGAAAUACUGAUUUGUCUUGUAUGCAUUUGUCCAUUGCUUUUGUUUAUUCCAUUUGUACAUAAUCGGAUUUUUCUACACGAUAAUAUGAAUGAAUUUGAACAUAAAAACAGUAAACACCGGAGUACAAUGGCAAAUAUUUUCGAACUUUUUCGCCGAUUUUAUCAUGGAAAUGCAUUCAUUCGAUUUCGUUAUAAUAUGGCUUCAUAUAUUAUAUUUCUGAUAUUAUUCAGUUACACGAUUUUAUUCGAUUAUUUUCCAUUGAAUAUUUAUCAAGAAAAACGUUCCAAUAUAAAUCGAUUACCCAUUCCAAUAACUGAAUUAAUUGUACAUAUAUUUCUUGUAUCAAUAGCUUUCGAUGAACUUAGACAAAUUAUUUCGCAUGUUAAAUCUGUGUUAGAUCAAAAUCCUUUUUGGACAAGAUUAGAAGGAUUAAAACGCCAUCGCAAUACAGUAUGGUCAUUUUAUAGGAAUGAUCCAUGGAAUAUAUUAGAUUUUGCUGCUUUUACCUUUUGGAUAAUUGGUUUUUCUACACGUUUUAUUGUAAAAGAUACUGUAUUUGCAGUAUCGAAGAUAUUUAUGAGUCUUGAUUUAUGUCUAUGGUAUAUGCGAUGUUUACAUGUAUUUCUUGCGUCGGAAACAUUAGGACCAAAAUUAAUUAUGAUAUUUCAUACGAUGAAAGAUUUAAUAUUAUUUCUACUUUUUAUAUUUAUUUUUUAUUUGGCUUAUACAAUAACAACCUAUUCAUUAAUAUCAACAUCAUCAUUUGUUAUUUGGUCGAAUUCAACCUAUUUUACCACAGUACAAAAUGGCGGAAAUUUAACUAAUAUGGAAAUUUUUCGAAAUAUUAUUGAAUGGGGUACGUGGAAAAUUUUUGGAAGUACGAGUUUAACAACAAGUGAUUCUGUUAAUGUUCAAUACUCAGCACAAAAUGAUGCUUAUGGAUUUGUUACUCUAAUUUUAACAAUAGCCUUUUUAAUUAUUGCAUAUGUUCUUUUAUUAAAUAAUCUUAUAGCUUUAUUUAAUUUUACAAUUCAACGUGUUCAUGGUGAAUCACAUCCAGCCUGGUGCUAUAAUUUUUAUGUUGUUCUAAGAGAAUAUGAAGAAAAAGAUAUGUUUGUUCCACCACUUAAUUUAUUACUAUGGCCAAUAAGUUAUAUGAUGCGUAGAAAACUUCAUCAUAUUCAAAAACAUGCUUUUACUGAAAAUAAUGAUUAUGAUCAACAACGUCAUCGAAAACAUCAACAAAGAAUUGCUGAAAGGUAUUGGAAAGAAAAACAAAUUAGUGAAAACAGAUCUGCAGCCAAUCAACCAUUAUAUGUAUCUUGUCAAUGUAAAUGUCGUGGUGCUGAAGUUGAUCCUUUGGAAUCGACAAGUUUUUAA